AUGUCUAGAGUGUUGCUUCUUAUCCUGAAUGUGGUUUUUGCACAUGAUCAUAUCCAUUUGGAAGGGGAAACGUAUUUUAAAUCUGUAAAACAACUUACAUUUGGAGGUCAAAAUGCAGAAGCGUAUUUUAGGUAACAUAAAAUAGAAUAAUGUAAAGCGUAUUUUAGCUUUGACAAUAAAAAGCUGACUUAUCAAGCCAUGGGUGGUCCUUAUGGCACUGAUUGUGACCAAGUAAGUAUAUAAAAAUCGCAAAAAUUUGUCCUUUCAGAUCUAUCAAAUCGACCUUGAUCAUCCGGAUACAACUCCAAGAAGAGUGUCUUCCGGAAAUGGAGUAUGCACUUGUUCCUACUUUCUUCCUGAUAAUCGAAGCUUUAUCUUUGCUUCAACUUUUCUGACUGUAAGUAGUAAUUUCAAAUAGUAAUCACUACAAAGGCCAACUCUACCAACAAAAACACCUGUCCUAUAAAACAGUGUGACGCCAGGAAUCCAAAGAAUAAAGAAGGGAAACUCCAUGAACUCUGCAACAAAAACGAGAGUUAUUUUUGGGAUAUUAUCCCAGAUUAUGAUAUCUUCGUGGCUAAUGAAUACGGUACUAUUAUCAAACAGCUAACCUUCCAUAAGGGAUAUGAUGCCGAAGCAGUGUUGUCUCCGGAUGGAGAGACCAUUUUAUAUACAAGUGACUUCACUGGAGACCUCGAAUUACAUCUUAUGACUGUCAAUGGAACUUAUUUGGAACAGGUAGGGUAUUCACAGCGGUGGAGCGACGAUUGGGGAAAAAGAUGAUUUGGGGAGUAUUAUUUUUCGUCGAUGCAAGUGUCGAAAUUAUGAUAAACGAUGGCGCUGAUUUCGAAAAUGACAUUCAUUUUUUUGAUUACCUUCUUUCUUAAGUAGUACUGUAAAGUAUCAAAAAAUUAAUAGUAAUUUUUUGAAUACUCGAUUUAGAUGUUUUCGAUAGUGUUGAUUUCGAAAAUGAUGUUCAUUUUUUGAUUGUUACUUUUUUUCUUUACUUUAGGAGUGCCCCAAAUUUAUAUUUUCCAAUUAACUACUUCGAAAUCAGCACCAUCGAAAACCCCUAAAUCAAGUAUUUAUGAAAAAUAUUCAAAAAAUUACUACUUUACAGUUUUGCUUAAGGAAAAAGGUAAUCAAAAAAGUUAUGUCAUUUUCGAAAUCAGCGCCAUCGAUUACCUUACUUUCGACGCUUUAUAUAUACAUACUAGAUCACAAACGAAUUGGGCUACGAUGGUGGGGCCUUCUUUAGUCCCAAUGGUAAGAAGAUCGUUUAUCGAGCAUCCAGACCUCGAACUGAAGAAGAGAUCCAACAUUAUAAGGAUCUUCUCGAAUAUCACAUCGUGGAACCCGUGGAGAUGGAGAUCUUUGUUUAUGAUCUAGAGACCAGGAAUCAUACUCAAGUCACCAAUCUGACCGGGGCUAAUUGGGCACCUUAUUAUUUGAAUGACAACAAAAGAAUCAUCUUCAGUUCGAAUCAUCAGAGUAAAGGAGGGAGUUUCCAUGAUUUCUCCCUGUAUAUUAUAAAUGAUGAUGGAACAGGAUUGGAAAGAGUAAGUAAGAAACGCCUCAUCCCAAAGUUUUCCAGGUUACCGCCACUGGUAACUUUGAUGCUUUUCCAAUGCAAAGUUAUGAUGGGAAGUAUGUCGUCUUUGGUAGUACAAGAAAUGGAUCGUCCGGACACGAGAUUAAUAUAUUUCUGGCUGAAUGGAACGAAUCUUCUGUCUCGCCAUUGUCAGUUAGCUCAUUUUUGUUCGUUUUUCUUGGGUUUGUUACUUUAUUCAUUGUCAGAUAA